AUGUCUAGAGACAGCACCUCCUGGGAUUGUCUCCCUCCCGAGAUUCGAAACGAGAUCAUUGGUCUCCUGCCAGUUCUCGGCGGGAGGUGCAGCCAACUUGCGCCUGUUUCCCGAGAAUGGCAAUCGGUUAUCGAGCCGGUCAACUUUGCCGAGAUCAGCCUGACGAUUCGCUAUAUCUGGUUUCGCGUGGAACUGAAGCAGUACGAUUGCAGCCAAUGCGCUAACACUGACCCCGACCGUUGGGGCUUGGACAAUAUCGACAACCAAUUCAUCGCGGAUGCAUUUGAAAGCUUAUUCACGACACUCAGCACAUGGGAGCCUCGCGGUGACUUGGUCCUCGACAUCAGUGUUUACUCGCCCAGUGAUAACCAGCACUGGUUCAAGCACCUCACCUUCUGCUCAGACACCGAUCUAGGCGAGUUCUCGUCUCCUUGUGGUCACGAACAAGCAAGGGCCCUGAUAGAUGAUCCGGCUCAUGGCUGGGUUGCUGGGCAGCAGGUCCUUGCUCCUAAGAAGUUUGCCAUCGAACAGACAUUCGACGAGAUCAUGGGUGAGGGGCCUUUCGACAACGAGGAACCCGAGAUGCAGUGGUGGCGGCGUCUCCCCUUCGUACCAGUCGUCGGGAUUGUGCUGCUCCGCCAGCAGACACGUCGACGAUGGAAGCCGGUUGCUCUUGCCAACAUGCUCUCACGGUUUCCUAACAUGAAGGAGCUUUGUUACGAACCAUGGAUGGAGUGGGGCACCCAGACGCUGAUCGAAUCUUUUCCCAGGACAAAAUUGUGCAAGCUGACGAUAUUCUGGAACUUCAACGAGACAUAUCCAGGAAUAUAUUCCGAGGGGCUCGCUACCAGGGAGCCGAGCCCGGCCGUGAGCCGGGAACUUGCUUGCGCCAGCAUGCGACUCACAACGCUGUCCGCCUCUUUCAUGGCCGAUGCCAGACACUUCUUCGCAGCGCGUCAAGAUUCAUGGGCGUGGGAUAAGCUCACUUCUCUGGCGCUGACUUCGAGGGUCCUCACUGACGAUGCGGACACCUCGGAAAUCAACAACAUGCUUCAAGACGCCGCUAUGGCGGCACUCAAGAUGCCCAGACUUGACACGAUGGAGCUGUGGAACGGCAGACGGGGUGUGGCGAUGCUCUUUCGCUACGAGAGGGCUCGAGAUGGGCAGUCGGCCACCAUCACGGUACGGGGGACGUGGGAGCUUGCUCUCGGGAUUGCGACCACCCAAGCUUGGAAUGUGGUCGCUCACCGGCAUUGCCAUGGCAAGGUCGUUGUACAAACCUCUUCAAUCGAUCCAGAUGUGAUCCGAUGCCACGGCGAUGCGAUCCAGCAGCUGGGACUUUUGACUGAGGUCGCCAGGCCUGUGUCGGUGCGGCAAAUCCUCACCGAACAUGAGUUUCGGACGUGA